CUUUCACUCUCACCUUCACUCUCACCCUUUCAGCCAGUCUCGACAUUGCCAUUGGGUCGGUUAAGUCCAGGCAACAGUCACUUUGUAUUAAUUGUCCUCGUUGCCACACUCCGCAGUCUCUCUAUGAAGCCAUUUUAAGGCAAUGAAGCUCAAGUUCGUGGCUUCAUAAAAUUCCACCAAUCACUGGUUCUCGUUUCAACCGCACUCGAUAUUCAGACGCAGACAUGCCCAAGACCCAGCAACCCGGAAGUUCUCACGUAGGCAAAUAGCUGUCAGGAUGGUUUCCGGAACGGCACUUUUUUAUUUUUCAGUCGUCUUCAUCUAUCUCUAGCUGUCAAGCGGACACGUUAUAUUGAGCAGCCCUCUCAGGUUCUUUCACUGCUUUACCCGCUUAUAUCCUACUGAUGGGAUGUGUAAACCAUUUGGAAAUCAUAGGAUUCUGUUUAGACUAUAUCUACGGCGAGACCCAUCUCACGAGUGUGCCAUGGAUGAAGCAAGUGCUCAUCGUUGUGGUGGUGUAGUUCACCACAGGACUUCACAAUGGCUCCCUUUCUCGAACUCGCCGCUCUAGCGCUUACAUUAUUUACGCCAGCAAUUGCAUACACGGAAAAGCCUUCCAUCUUCAGCUUCUCCGCGGCUGGUACCGGUUUGCAGCUUGGCGGAGCAAACCUAGCUCCCGAGAUCAGAGUCGCCCCCAAUGACCUACCCGGUGUGAAGCGAGUUGCCAAUGAUCUGGCCCUGGAUUUUGGACGGGUGUUGGGUGUCAACGGAACAGUGGUGGUGGCAGAUUGGAACUCGACUAUUUCCCAGAAAGGGACGAAACCAAUCAUCUUGGUGGGAACUGUCGGGCAGUCGAGUCUCAUCGACAAUCUGGGGAGCACCAAGAAAUUCGACACAGUCUCCAUUGCCAACAAGUGGGAAACAUUCGCCUACCAAGUCGUUCAGUCACCAUGGGAAGGGAGCAGCUCUGUACUUGCCAUUGCCGGCUCGGAUUUGCGCGGUACCGCAUACGGUGUGUACGACGUCUCGGGGAAAAUAGGGGUAUCGCCUUGGCACUACUGGGCUGAUGUUCCGGCCAAGAAGAAGCAAUACAUUUGGGCCAACAGCGACACUUACACUGAAGGACCGCCCUCUGUCAGAUAUCGAGGCAUCUUCCUCAACGAUGAAUCGCCAGGCUUGACAGGCUGGGGCAGGACCAAGUUCACUCCAAGCCAAUAUGGAAGCCCCUUCGUCCUCGACUUUUACAAGCUCAUCUUCGAACUGAUCCUCCGGAUGAAAGGCAAUUAUCUUUGGCCAGCGAUGUGGUCCAGCAUGUUCUACCUCGAUGACACCAGGAACGGACCAACGGCAACUGAGUAUGGCAUCUUCGUGGGAACAAGUCACCACGAGCCGAUGGCCCGGGCUGACAAAGAGCAAGGGAGAUUUCUGAGGGGCUCUUGGGAUUGGAGAAGCAACAAGGCUGGCGUCCAAGCUUUUAUGCAGGAAGGUCCGACAAGGGCAAAGAACUGGAGCACGAUCUACACUGUGGGUAUGAGAGGUUCGGGAGAUGCUGCGUCGCCUUCACUCAACUCUCAGGCCCUGGAGGAGGUCAUCGCCUGGCAGCAACAAACACUGACUAAAACCAUUGGGAAACCAUUAUCCGAGAUUCCACAUGCUUGGAUGAUGUACAAGGAAGUACCUGGUUAUUGGCAAAAAGGCAUGAAAGUUUCAGACGACGUGACAAUUGUGUGGAGUGAUGAUAAUAGAGGAAACAUUCGUCGGGUCCCGAUCGGUAACGAAGGAAACAGGGUGGGAGGUACUGGCAUGUACUAUCACUUCGACUAUGUCGGUGAUCCACGAAACUACAAGUGGAUCAACACUAUCCAACUUCAAAAGACGUGGGAGCAAAUGACACUUGCUUACGACAGCGGCGUUGACAAGCUAUGGAUUGCCAAUGUUGGAGAUCUCAAAGGAUUGGAGUUGCCAACUGCCCACUUUAUGGCUAUGGCUUGGGAUCGAAAAGCGUUCACUGACCUCGACAGUACCAAGAAGUGGCUCGGUGUGUGGGGUGCGCGGCAAUGGGGUGAACUUGCUGGAGAUACCACUGCUUCCAUCAUGACAAGAUACGGCAAGCUCACAGCACGGAUGAAGUAUGAGGAUCUCAGCAGGACACCCUUUGCCUUCGAUACCAUCAGCUACGAUGAAGCCGAGCUGAAUUUCAACGAAUGGACUUCUCUGCUCAAGAAUGCGCAAGCCGUCCAUGAUGCCCUGCCAAGUGACGUUAAGACGUCGUUCUGGGAAGUGGUCCUGCAUCCCAUCAUGGCUGGCAGAGGCGUCUAUGAAAUUUACACCAAGGUUGCUCUUGCUGGCACGUACAGAGGUCAGCAUCGCGUCAGCGCGAACAAAUUGCUCAGGGACGUGCAGGCUGCAUUUUCUGCCGACCAGGCCAUCACCAGGCAGUACCACAGCAUCCUGAGCGGCAAAUGGAACAAUGUCAUGGCUCAGACUCACAUCGGUUACAACAACUGGCAGGAACCAGCCUCGAAUUCUCUUCCGGGAUUGACUUGGCUCACGACACAAGCAAAGAAUGCGCUCAUGGGUGUUGCGGUGCAAGGCAGCUCGGGCGCAUUCCCAGGCUCUGCAUCGCUCACGCUGCCUGCAGCCAGUCCAUACAUGGCACCUUCAGAUCAACGCUGGCUUGAUGUCUUUGCCCGUGACAACGGGACGUUCAGCUACCGGAUCACAUCCAACACUUCUUUUGUCAGUGUGACAAACGCUCAGAAUACCAUCUCGACGACCUCGGGAGCAACGGACAUUGGUUCCCUCAUCUCGGUCGAUUGGUCAAAGGCCCCAGUUGGAAACACUGCAGCUUCUUUGAGCAUCGCGAAUCUCAACGCCCCCGGCACAACGGCCACAGUUAUCCUGCCCAUCCAGAACAACAAUGUGCCAGAUGACUUCAAAGGCCACGUCGAAGCCAACAAUGUCGUGUCUAUCGAAGCCGAGCACUUUGCCCCUCCGCCCGCAUCAUCAUCGGCUUACCUCGUCAUCCCCGAUUACGGCCGUACCCUCUCAGGCGUUAAGCUCCCGCCCAAGACUCCUUCGCAACAAGCAGGCAAGGGACAUGUCCUUUCUUACCCCUUUUACACCUUCAGCACUGCUACUGCUGCGACGUUGACAGUAUACCUUGCCCCAUCUGAGAACGCGAAUCCCAACAGCCCAAACAAGUAUACCUUUGGCAUUGACGGCGGCAGCCAGACGACAGUUCAAACUGUGGGAAUGACAGACGGGAGCACUCAACCCCAGGGAUGGUCAGACGCCGUGGUGAAGGGGUCCUAUGUCAAGACGAACAACAUCGGUAGAUUGAACCCUGGGAAGCACGAGUUGAAGGUCUGGCUUCUGGAGCCGACCAUGGUGAUUACCAAGGUGGUGAUUGACGUGGGUGGGUUGAAGUCGAGUUUGAUGGGCCCUCCGGAGAGUGCUCAAGUCUGA